AUGGACGACGAAAAUAACUCGGAGGCUCCCGCAGCCGGAGAUAGUCCCGGCGCGGGGCGCGGCCAUAAACGCGAGCGGGGACUGUCCAAGGCUUUAUCUGUGCUGCGUGCUAGCACGAAAUUGCAGCAGCAGAAGCGGAGCUCUUCUAGCCAUGCGAGAGCCAUAGAGGAAGAGGAGGGAGGAGCUGAGGUUGAGGAAGACAGUGCCUCGAUUGAAGACUCCUCACGCCGCCGCACUGGCUCCGGCAUGACCUCGCUGCCGCGUAAUAUUAACAGGCAAAGGGCUCCUAGUAUAGUGGGCACGGUCGACGGACAGCGCCAAAGGAACGCACCCCGAGGCGAAUGGUCUCCGGCCGAGGAGGCAGUCCUAGCCAGGAAGCACAUGGAGCUCGGAAACAAGUGGACCACAAUCUCUCACUUCUUACCUGCACGCAGCGACAAUGACGUCAAGAACAUCUGGCACAGCACGCUUCGCUCCAAGAACUCGGAGCGCCGCUCCUUUCUCCGCACGUAUGCAAGAGCAGUACGUGACUGCGCGAACGACGCUGAGGCGCGCAAGCAAGCUUACGAAAUGGCACAGCGAGUCUGCGGGCCGCCCCAGCCCAUUGAGCAGGCGCUCGCGACCGUGCAGCAGCAAUACCAGCAGCAGUUGCAGAUGCAGGCCAAUCAACAGGAUGAGGUCCUGGCAGACGGUGAUUCACCCGAGUUCGAGCCCGACGCGGAGCGCGACAGCGACCAGCCAGCCCCCGGGCCUGGCCCCGAUGGACCUCAGCCCCAUUCCCAGGCGCCUCAGCCCGCCCAAGAGUCCCUAGGGGAGGUGGCAGUACGCUCCGGCACAUGCAGCCGUACAAACAGCGCGCCGGAUUCCCAGCAGCACAGCGGUGGGGCGAAAACCGCCGGCGGCGCCAUUGGCCUCGCCGGUACGGGGCUAGGAGGCGGCUUAUCGGGCGCGGGAGGGCAGCAGCCGCAGCCGCCCAGCAGCGGGGGGCUAGAGCUUGACGACUUUCUGGGCGGGGACCUGGAUCUGACCGCGGAGGACCUGAUGGCCAUGUUGGGGCCCCAGACGUCGUCGCAGCGGUGCGGUCCCGGAUCCGCCCUGCUCGACAGCAGCCUGGAUGCCGCCGGGGCCCAUGGAACCGUGUUCCACUGCGGCGACGGCGGCGGAGGCGGAGGCGGUCGGCCCUCCGGGCCCCCCCGCGGCGCCGCCGGGGACCGCCAACAGCAACAGCAGCUAUCAGUCCCGCUACUGCCCCCACAUCAUCUUCAAGAUAUGCAACAACAGCAGCAACAGCAACAGCCCGAUGCGUUUGAUUCAUUGCUAGCUGAACUUGAACAGAGGGGACGGUUACAUGUCGUACAACCCCACCCACCACUAGCCGGAAUGCUUAGCUUACCAUUACCAGAAAUGGGAACUCCGCAGCAGCAGCAACAGCCACAGCAGCAGCCGUUUUUUCAAGAUGACGUGCUCGGUUUGGGGCCGCUAGGCACGCCGUACGCGUCGUACUCCGCCGCCGCCUUCACCUCCCCCUACCAUUGCACUCCGGGACCGAACUCACUAGACCUUCAUUCAUUGGGUGCCGUACACCGGGUUGGCCCGGGCCUUGUGGCGCCCCACAACACCUACGGAGAACUUCAGAGCCUGGCGAGUUGCUCGUCCACAGCGGAAGUGCUGACGUCAGGGCAGCAAGGUUAUCUGGAUCCCGGAUCCAAGCAACACCUGCCGCAACUCAACCCCACCCACCUGCACCAGCACCAGCAGCUACAGCUGGGUCCUCAACCCCUGGGAGCUCCGCGGAGAGGCUCGGCCCUGGGAAUGUUCGGCACCACCGCUGUCGCCGCAUGCUGCAAUGAAAGCUACAGCAAUGGCAGCAGCGGACUCCUCUCGCCUCGGACGUUCGGUGCCCCCUUAGGCCUCACCAGCCUAAACGGCACGACACCGCAGCACCAGCACCAGCAGCGCCCGCCGGGGGCCACCGGCGGAACUCCGCGAUCGCUACAAACUGUGGGCAGUGGAGGAGGAGGCGGCGGCGGCGGCUGCUCUGCCACCGCUGCCUGGCAGUCUGGCAUUUGGGCGCCGGGGCUGCUCCGCGGCGUCGGCAGCGGCGCCAUCGCCACCGCCGCCACCGACAGCAGCCCCGCCGCCACUGCCGCCGUGGGCACUGAGUCGCUUACUGGCGAGGCUGCGGGCAGCGGCGCCGGCGCCUGCAUGACAGGGUCCGCGGGUGCAACGCCGCCGCCGCCGCCAGGCUCCGCCGUCACUGCCGUCGCUGCCGGUGACGGCGGCGGCUGCUGCGGCAGCGGCGGCUUCUCAGGUCAAACGGGCUCCGGUCUGCUGCCGGUCGACCUGCUGUCUUUCCUGGCGGCGCCCGCCAAGGUGGACGUCGUGACGAUGGGACUGGACUCGGGCGACCUCUUGGACUGUAUGGAUUGUGAGGGGGAGGCGCUGCCGGAGACUGGGAGCGCCGGCGGCGGCUGCGGCGGCAACGGCGGCGGCGGCAGCAUCAGCGGCUGCAGUGCGGCGGAACCCGCGGACCCCUUGACACUGCUCAUGUCGGGGAGGGGCUCGCUGGCACAGCGCCCGCCACCGCCGCAACAGCAGCAGCAGCAGGUUUCGGGUGGACGAGGCGGCCUGGUGUUGCGGGGGGCAGGAGGAGGCGCGGGGGGAGGCGGCUGGCGUCGGGCUGGGGCCAGCAUCUCCAAAUUGCUCGGAGUGGCUGACAAAUCGUAG